AUGAAUAAACAUAUAACAUAUCACAAGAUGCAGAAAACAACAAUUGUAGAUGGAGUAGAAAUUACAACUAAUCUUUUCGAAGAAGAGAUUCAUUCACUACCAAAAAAAGAAGAAUAUAAUUCUUUGAUUAUAACACAAACACCAAUAUCUCAACAUCAUGAAAAAGAAGAAGAUAUUUCAACUAUAAGUGAUAAAGAUAAUGAAAAUGAAAAAAAACCAAUAAUAAAAAGUAAAAACAAAAAAUUAAAGAAGAAAGAAGUAAAGAAUUAUAUUUGUUCUGUUUGUGGUCAUAAAUGCAAUACAAAUGGUGCUUUAGUUUCUCAUAAAAGAAUACAUGACCCUAAUUCAAAGAAAUAUUCAUGUCCAGAAUGUGGAAAAAAAUUUAGAACAAUGGCAGAAGUAAGAAGACAUUCAGUUACUCAUACAGGAGAUAAAAAAUUUAUUUGUCCAAUUGAGAAUUGUAGGAGAUGUUUUACAACAAAAUCAUAUUUAGAUAAACAUAUUGAAUCACAUAAAACAAAUCAAACAUAUCAAUGUACAUAUUAUGGAUGUAAUAAUUCUUUUUUUAUGAAAAGUGAACUUAUUGCUCAUGUAAAAGAAAAACAUCAAAAUAUAAUUGGAAAUAAAAAUGCAGCAUUUUGUUGUCCUUAUGAAGGAUGUACUAAAGCUUUUGAAUAUCCUUCUCAUUUAUUUAAACAUUGUGCUGCACAACAUCAAAAGAAUGACUUUGUUUGUGGAUUUGAAAAUUGUUAUGAAACAUUUAAUCGUGAAGAAUUGUUGUGGGAACAUAUUUCUUCAAUUCAUGGUAUGGAUAAAGAAAAAUAUCAAGAAGAAAGAAUUGAAUGUCCAAAAUGUGGUGUUAUUGUAUUAAAAAGAACUUUACAACAACACAUGAGAAAAGCUCAUACUGAAAAAUCAAUUUGUUUUAAAGAUGAUGGAACAAUAAUUACUGAUGAAAAGAAACGAUGGUUUGAAUGUUGUAAGUAA